AAUCCAGUCCUUGUUUGCAUUUGGAUCUUCGGCUUCAGCCGCUUCAGCUUCAGCUUCCAUGUGCUAUAUUUCCACGUUGCCGUGAUGAAUACUGUCGGUCCAUGCGCGCUGUCUAGUCACUUAGAAGGUUGUCGAGUGCGUUUACGCACUGACAGCUGUGAAAUCGAAGGCACUGUGCACAAUGUGAACUCCAAGACGUCGAGGAUUUCAUUAAAAAAAAUCACAGAUGCUUCCAGUAAUGCUACGAUGGCUGGCGUGAUGCAUUUUUACGCCGAUGACAUAAGCUCCUGUGUCGUCUUGGAAAAUUCAACAAAACAAAAACGUGUCAGUUCGACGAAAGAAGAAGACGGGCCGCGAUUGCUACGCAUUCGCCCAAUUCCACCACAUUUAGAACGCCUGAACAUGUCUGUUGGCGUCAAAGAGUUCAUUUGUCAUCGUCUGAAAACCGAUAAUCCGGAGGACGAUGUUAAGCGAGGCUACAUCAAGUUGGUUGGUGAAGGGGACCAGGUGCCAAUAUUCAAGAUUCCACUGCCGACGAAAUUCCAGCUCGUUGACGAAAUGGACGAGACGUUCCAUGAAGCGCUGAACGUCCUGAAGAAUCAGACAGUUAUAGGAAUAGGCUACGAUGGCUUUAAAAUUGGGCGCAGUGGUUGCCUCUCUCUGCUGGCGGUUUCCACAGCAGACACUGUCUAUCUGUUUGAUAUCCUUGUGUUGAAGAACGAUCCCUUUGAUCAAGGUCUGAAAGAAAUCCUCGAGUCGAAGGACAUUGAGAAGGUUAUCCACGGUUGCAGGCAGAUCUCCGACUGCUUAUAUCACCUCUUCCAGGUUGAGCUGGACAACAUAUUUGACACACAGGUCGCCGAUGUUGUGGUGUUCCGGAAUCAAAAUCACUACAAUAGAGGCGGAGAUGUACGAGGAGAGGAGGCCACAUUUGUACGAGGUCUGCAGUACUGUCUGAAGGUCUUCCUUGGGUUUUCGCACGACCAGCUGAAGUACACACGCAGCAGACAAAAUCCUGAAGAGGAGGACACAUCAGCAUGGCGCCAGAGACCCCUGUCCCUAUCACAGAUUGACAGCCUUGUCAAGGACGUGAUCUACCUAAGAGAGCUACGGCUGGCCUGCCUCGAUAAGCUCCUUCGUGACUUCCGCAAUGGCGUGCGCUACUUCCAGAGCCUCGUGCGGGACUGCAGUGAACCGGAGCUGGAAUUUGUCCCUCCUGAACAUGUGCUUCCACCGGGCUUCUACAAUACUAUAAGGAUGGCAUCAAAAAGCCAGGGUCAUGGUCAGGAGUGGUCAGCACAAAACGGACACGGCAACUUCCAUCGGCAGGACCGGAGAAAUGACCACAUGAACGGCGGUGGAAGGCGGUUUCCAGAGCCGUGGGGUCGCCAACACCGCUACUACCACAACGGAAGGUCAAGCCACAAUGGUGGAGGGGGAGGUCGACCCAGCAACGGACCCCACGGCGACACUACGUGGCGGCACAAGGAGGAACCACGUGCUACCGUCGAAGUGUCGAGUCCCGUGCCCGAUCCUGAGGACUCCCUUUUCAUGAUGCCGCCCACACCGCCACGUGAAACCACUGCCGAGUCUGAAGACGGGUCCUUUGACAGCGCAGCUACGGAACUACAAUUGAGCACACCGUCAGAGAGUGAUGCAGAUGGAAGCUCGCAGUCUGGUGGUUGGGAGGCAGCUAAUCAUGGCUCUUCCAGAGUACCACAUAGGAUCAAGUUUCUUCCGGCAGGGAUGAUUGUGCCCUGAGGAGAACGUACCUGCGACGGAUUGAGUGGUUGUGUUUCUGUUUCUUCUCAUUGUGUGCAACGGUUUGCAUGAGUGGCCCUGUUUAUGGGCGGGUGGGAAUAGCUUGUCUUCCCACAUACAGUGGACUCCAUUUAAACAGAACUCUCAGGGAAUGACAGAAAUUGUUCCAUUUAUCGAAAGUCUGAUUUAAGCGAAAUAUACACAGCUUAUCAAGUAAGUAAAGUAUGGGAGGCUUACCUUCAUGUUCAGAAUAAUGCUGCAAGAGUCUGUCCACCUGACCAUGGGCGGGGCAAUUAUUCACACUGAGGAUUAUCUUUCCGUUUCCUGCUGAUAAAAUUUGCAUCCUCUUCCACAGCCAGGUCUUGAUGAUCACCUGGUGCCAUCUUAUCGUAUGGCAUUGUCCACAUCCACGUUCAGUGGGCGGCAAAGAUUUCUACCUUGACAGCACCUACUAUAAACCGAAAUAUAGGCUGAGGUAUUGUUUGAGAGAAGAAAAAAAAACUCAACCCAUAUUCCUGUUUAUACAGUACAACUUUUCCUUUGUGCAAUGCCUUGAAAGCGUUGCACUCUUUUGCUGUUUCUGUUUUUAGGUUUCUGCCGCAAUCCUCUUCCUGAAUUAUCUCUAACAUUUUCUCACACCAAAGCACUUUAUGUGGCCGUUUCCACCAGGAUGCUCGCAACUGUAAGCAUAACAUGGUUCAAUUGUACAGUCGCCGACAGAUUUUUCGGACUUUGAAAGAGACACAAAAUCGGUCCGAAUUUUAAGACAAGGGCCUAAAUCUGCAAUGUUUAAAAAAAACUCGCACUGGUUUGAAGUAACUGUCGACACGAGUUUGCUUCACCACGCGGACACUGGAUAAUGCAUCAGGGGCAAUUUCUGCUAACGUAGCUUUGUCGUGAUAUACUUCUAUGAGCGUAGUAACAGCCGUAAGGAUCUCAGCCACCGUCGUCUCAACGUCUGAACCUUCCUGCGGAAGAUCGGCACACGCUAGUAAGCUCCGCCUCCGAAAAGUAAAAAAAAAUAGGCAUGCUCGGAGACGAACGAGUACGAAAAAGCAGACAGUCCGUCCGAAAUGUGGUCCAAAAUAUUGGAAGCGGAAAUACAUUGGCUCAAUCGGGUGUUUCAUGGUGCCAAGUGUUCUGUCCGAAAAAUUGGAAAGUCAGAAUUUUUGGGGUCCGAAACAUCGGUCAGCGACUGUACUGGAUAUGACUGUUCCAUUGUGGUUGUGAGACCUGAACUACAGUUUUUCACGUCCGUCGCAGUCUCGAUACUUCCACUCAGUCUUGGUUAACCAAAUAACACAAAAUGGGAAGUUUCAAUCCUCUGAAGAUGUUUAUCAUUGCAUGUGUAGGAAACCAACCAAAGAUGGCCCUAUCGUUCCACUAAUUUUCAUUUAGACAAAGUUUUGGUUAAUGGGAGUCCACUGUAUGUGGUCUACUACAUACAUUGAGUGUGUUCUGAACAGCAAAAAUGGUGUUCCCUAUUUGCGUUAGGCAGAAGCCAAUAUUGCCCGAUUGUCGUCCCCAGCUUUCAGUUAUCAGUGAUUGGGUUAAACCCGACUUGAGCUAUUGCAGGAUACAACAGUUUGACAACUGUCCUGGAGAGUUGAAUGAAUUGUAGCGGCAAACAACCCAUUCGCAAGCUCACUCUGGGUAGCUUGUGAGUGGCUACGUUUCAUUUGCCAUAAAACUCCAGGAGAGAGAAAAUACAGACCCUACAAGAAACAUUUCACAGUUAGGGCACCGUGUUUUCGGGUUUUAUGUUUUUUGAAAAUCUGGGUGUCAAAAUCUGGAUUUAUUUCAAGAGCCGUAAAACAGGGUAAAAUCGGGAGAUAUCAGGUGGAAAAUUUAAAAAAAAAAAAAAGAGUGCUUCUUGCAUUUUAGAUUGACAUAAUGACAUGCUGAAUGAACAGUGUUCAGCAAUCUCCAGUGCCCACAUUAGCGCCCAAAUUGGCACUUUGCAGAGUUCGUUUUGGGUUUUCUUCGAAUUUUACCCUAAGUGAUGAUGAUGCAAACCGGGGAUAAAAACGGGUUUUACCUUAAAACACAGGUCCCUAUUCAUAGUGGAGCAACUAAUGGCAUGCUAAAGUGCAACAUAGAACACCAGAUUGCAAAGUAAAGCUAACCAUGUUGGCAGGUGACGAAACGUGAAUGUAUUGCCCCACUACACAGUUACCAUGUAUUCACUUUUAUAGACCUAGGGGCCACGACUGACCACGAUCAGGUCUCCACUCCAUCCAAAACUGGCUUGUUCACCUUAUUCAUCAUUGUUAGUUCUAUUUCAUGUUCUUAGUGUUCAUUUCUUUUAAGUCAUGUUCUUCAGGCUUUGGGGACAUUAAGCAGAUUGUCCUGGUAAUCACUUCAUUCUUUCUACUCGUGGCGAGCAGAGUUCAUGCGUGAAGACGAGAGCAGUGAAAAUGAAUAUUGUACCUCAGUCUGGUGGUAGCAUGGUCUAGGUUUCCUCAGUAAUGCACAGAAAAGGGGAUUUUGUUGUAGCAUGCUCGGAUAAUGAUGGCAGAUUCAAACUUGUUGCAUUCACACUAAUGUAAUGGCAAAAGCUCUCACAUUUGUUUAUUUUGCAUCAUGCUGUUGUGUUCAGGACCUUUUGUGAGCACAGUGUAUUUUCGUUGUCUUUUUAUUGCUGGUGCAAGAAAUCGGCAGGAAAUUGGUUUAACUUGGUUUACGUUGAUGGGAUCAUUUCGGGCAAUACUGGGUUUUGCGGAAGAAACUAAUGUUUCGUUGUGGUCACAUGACUCAAGACACAAAAUGUGCAACAAUUUAGCGUGUUUUGAAGUCAGUGCAUGUGUUGCAUCAUUUGUAUUGUCUUGCUCAGCACCAUCCUGCAUUGAUUUCACAUUCUCUCUCAUUGAUAUGUGUACAUCAUUUUAAUAGACAUAAAUAAAGGGGAAUUACAAAUCUC